CUUUUUUUCCAUCGGCCAAGUGGACAGCCUCUCCACAUGAGCACCGCCGCGCCCACCACUGUUCCUGCUUCGCCGCCCGCGGCCCCCACGACAACGACCGUCCCGACCCCCAUCUCCACCACCCCCUCCAGCAUUUUGGAGAAACUCCCUCGCUUGAUGGACGAAUUGCCAAAGCAUGCCAAGCCUGCGGCCCUCGCGAACAAAGUCCUCGCGUAUGGCACUGCUGGAUUUCGCGACAAUGCUGACAUCCUCGGGUCCACUUUCCACCGUAUGGGCAUGCUUGCCGUUCUUCGCUCGAAAAAGGAACACAAGAUCACGGGGUUGAUGGUGACUGCAUCGCACAACGCGGCCCCGGACAACGGCGUCAAGCUCGUCGACCCUGAUGGCGGCAUGUUGACGCAAUCGUGGGAGAAGUAUGCGCAACAACUCGCGAACGCCACGACUGAAAAAGUCGUCGAAGUCCUGGAUUUGAUUGUGCGCACUGAGAAAAUCGACUUGGAUCAGCCCGGCAACAUCUUCAUUGCCAAGGACACUCGUCUCUCGAGCGAGCACUUGUCGGAAUUGGCCCGCGAAGGUGCGCUGCUCAUUGGCGGCAACGUGCUCGACUUCGGUCUCCAGACGACUCCCCAGCUCCACCACUAUGUCCGCAUGUGGAACUUUGAACAGUACAACAAGGGCGACUGGGCCUCCGAAACGGGUUACUACAACAUGCUCGUCGAUGCUUUCAAGCAGCUCACGAGCGGUGUCGACUCCAAGAAGCUCGAACUUCGCACGCCGCUUUACGUAGACUGUGCCCACGGCGUCGGCGCGCCGCAGCUGUCGAAGCUAGCCAAGGAACUCGGCGAUGUGUUGCACGUCGAGAUCCGCAACGCUCCCGCCGAUGGUGAACUGAACCACGAAUGCGGCGCGGAACACGUGCAGAAAGGUCGCACGCACCCCGCGGGCUUUUCCCGCGAUGCCGACCGCGGCAAGCGCGCGUGCAGUUUGGACGGCGACGCGGAUCGCGUGGUGUAUCACUAUUUCGACGACGACGGCAAGUGGCAUUUGCUCGAUGGCGACAAGAUUGCGUGUUUGUUUGCCGACUUUUUCGCCGACAAGCUGCGGGUGCUGGACCUGGCGAACGAAAUUUCGCUCGGUGUUGUGCAGACGGCGUAUGCCAACGGCGGCGCCGGCGCAUACCUCAAGUCGAAGAAGAUUCAAGUGGGGCUGGCCAAGACUGGCGUCAAGUUUUGCCACCACAAGGCUCUGGACUUCGACAUUGGCAUUUACUUUGAAGCAAACGGCCAUGGCACGGUCAUGAUGAAAGAUCACGUGGUCGAACGACUGACAAAGCUCGAGGCGUCGACAAGUCUCGACGACAAGAAGAAGACGGCGGUGGCGCAUCUCUUGGCCGCAUACCAAUUGAUCAACCAAGCAGUCGGCGAUGCGCUGUCGGACUUUUUGUUUGCCGAAGUCUUGCUCAUCCAAAAAGACUGGACGAUCCAAGCGUGGAACAACAUGUACACGGACUUGCCGUCCCGCCAAACCAAGGUCAAGAUUGCGGACCGCACCGUCGUCAGGACGACCGAAGAUGAAACAGCAUGCCUCGCCCCCGACGCCCUCAAGGAAGCUAUCGACGGGCUCGUCGCCGCCGCCGGUCCCCAGGCCCGCGCCUUUGUUCGACCAUCCGGCACGGAAGAUGCCGUUCGUGUCUACGCUGAAGCCCAGACGGAAGCUGGUGCGAACGAACUCGCGCUCAAGGUUGCGCAGGCCGUGCAUGCACAUGCCGCGGGGAUUGGCGAAGCGCCGACGGCGUUUGUAGCGUAAGAAAUUCGGCAGGCUGCAGUCGAGGGAAUGGGAUCCGAGGAGCAGCACGAUGUGGCACUUUGUCCGCCUCUCUGGACGUUUGAAUCGAUCGAUUUUGCGACGUGGU